AUGGCAAAUCAGAAUGGGAAUACUCCAACUGGCCCUGCCUCUACGACAACUCCCCUGCCAGAAUCAUUCGUAAACGUAGACAUCCAAUCUCUUACUCAUCUCAUUGCCGAUGUACUGACUCGUCUAGUCGCCCAUAAUGACCAAAUACCACUCACUUCCUCAAAUCUCACUCGAUUCCACUCUCGUGCUCCACCUGGUAUCAGCAUAGCUGAAUACUUGAGACGCAUUGUCAAGUACGCAUCUGUAGAACGUGUCUGUCUGCUGAUCCUACUCAUUUAUAUCGAUCGUGUAUGUGAACAACAUCGGACAUUCAUGAUAUCGUCUCUUACCGUCCACCGAUUCGUCAUAACUGCUUGUACUAUUGCCUCCAAAGCACUAUGUGACUCGUAUCUAACAAACACAAUGUAUGCAAAGGUCGGAGGUCUAUCGACAAAGGAAUUGAACCUCUUGGAACUCGAAAUGUGCUUUCUGAUCGAAUGGAAUCUCACUGCCUCUGCAGAAUUACUACAGCAAUACUACUCUCGUCUUGCUCGCCAAGCUCAUUCGUCAUAUAAACCAAGACCCUUAUCGCUUUCCCUCCUCGAAAAUUUAAACGUUGCAACAACAUCUCCCCCAUCUGCUACCACAUCCACGGGUGCAGAUGACCACAAUCCAGCUACUGUAUCUGCAACUGUAAUGAGACCGGUUGAGGUCGAGUGA